ACAAUUUUGGAAAAGUAAGUUAUAUAACAGGACAUUCACACGGAAUCAUGAAGGACAUCAACUUCAGAACAAGCAAUAACUCUUUCUGCAAAAUGUACCAUGAAAGCAAACGAGAGGCGAUAAGUAGGGAUAACUUCUCCAGAAACUCACAACGGAAACAUUUCGUAUGUACUGAUAGAAAGGACUGGGUUGAAUACCAGAACGCGGUUAACAAAAUGGAGUCAAGAAAAAACAGUAACAUGAAGAGAUACGAGAGCGAGAUCAAGGACUGCAAGUUUAUUCGUAAACAGUUUGAACUUCAGAAGCAAGGGUUAAUACCUUAUGGAAGACUGAUAACAGGAGAUCAGCACACAAUUAAGUCAUCAACAGGUGUGGUACAGGAGAAGGCAUUAAAAAGUGUGCGUCGCGCACUCGCUCCACGCACGUCUUACGAGGCAUCCACGAGGCCUGUUUUAAACUAUGAACUCAUCUCAAAGCCACCGUCAGUACCUUAUAGAAUCAAAAUCGAGCUUACAAAACGCGAGCAGAGAAGACUCCAAGAGGAAGAAGAGCUGAACCACGUAGAGGAAAGAAAACCCGAGAUCAGUAAAAGCAUUUACCUUGACGACGCUGUGGCUAUGUACGCAAAAUUACGCAACGAAGUAAACAAAGAAAUGGGUCAACGGUCUUACACAUCUUUACCAAACAAGCGAAGCAACGCUUACUGGGACACCAGGCCUGUAUCUGUACCGAGUAAAGUACCCGCAAUAUGGAAUGGGCGUAACAUCCCAGACUCAAGUGAAUUUGCGCGGGUCACCUUGGCUCCUGGGGGUCACAGUGAACUCGAGCCUACAUUGCUCCCCAGUGAUGAUCCUUCUCGCGCUAUUAAGUUAUUGAGGAAUCAAACUAAAGCAGCAGAGGGUACAAAAACUGAGGAGAGCGCACACGCAGAAUCAAUUCGUGAAAGAAAUAAUAAUUUGAGCAAGACAAAUUUACCAGCGGUUCAUGCAAAACGUGCUUCUUUGGACGCUACUCAUGAAACCACGCCCUCCAAUGAGAUCUAUUCUAAUACAACGACGCCAAGGACAGCAGGACGAAGAUCAAUUGCAUUCGCGCUUCCCGAGGUUAGAAAAGACGUCGAUAUCACUGCAACUCAGCAAAGUGACAUCGAAAAACGUCCUACUUCAGUAGAUAUGCAGCCGGCGAGUAGUCGCACUCUUUCGUCUCCCGAGCUUCAAAGCGGAGCUCCUAGAUCUUCAACUUUACCAGAACUUAAAACGUCAAGAAGAAAUUCUGUAACAAAGCGCGUAUUGCAUGAAAAUAACGAAGAAAAUGAACAAACACAAGUCAAAAUUGAACGAAAAUCUUCCAUUGGUGCAGUGACACGCUCUAGACGCUCAGUGUCAACAGGAGAUCAAUUAAGCACCGAUAAGCUUCAAAAACUUAUAUCGGAAAAAAUUAUCGGGCAAAUUACAAAUGCGCAAAGAAGACACAGUAUUUCGUCCAACCAGAAGACUUCGAUUCUCAAAAGCUACGCGCGCAUGCUUCAAAGUGAAUUACAGCUGGACGAGGUCCCAGAAAGUGAUUCUCCAGAUUUCAGUGAAACUCCGUUUAUGCGCAAUACAACGAAGCCUAACCAAGAAGCCGAGGCUGCCGAGGGAGAGGAACCCAGCAAAGGUUCAAAUUUGUGGGCAAAGUAUUUACAUUACGAAAGUUUUAGGUCAUCUUUGACGUAUUCAGAAAUCGAAGAAGAGGAUGUGGUGGGAGUUAAAGCGCGCAGGCGUCUAAGCGCAACGUUUUUCGAUAGUGCUGGAGUAAUUACGCGGAAGGCGAAAGCGUCUAAGCUUAAAUUGAAGAAGAGUGAGAACUGGGUUCAUGAAGAAAAGGAAGAACAAGAAGAACAAGAAGAAAAAAAUGACAAAGGUUAAUGACAUGUUAAUCUUCUUAACUUAAAAAAGCAAAGAAGAGAAAACAACAAAAGUAAAAACAUAAACAAAAACUUAAAGGAAUGCUGUACUUGAAAAUUAUCAAAAUUAUCAAAAUGAUUCUACUUUACGAGUUGCCUAUUCAAGAUGUAAACAAGAUGCCAAGGGAAGAUUUUGACGAAAAGAAACUGUUCUCUCUCUCUUUCUGAAAUGAACAAUUUGGAUACCGUAUUUAUAUUGAUGGUGAAAUACCCGCAGCACUUGCCGGCCUUCCUUUCUCCCUCAACUCGAUAAGGACUCGACUAUGCAUCGUACUGUAUCGAUUUGUUUUAAGAGACAGCAAGUAU